AUGUCGGAGGAAACCUUUGGAUACCUUUGUGCAAAGGUAAGUCCAGGAAUGGAGAAGCAAAGCACCAACUUCAGAGCUAGUUUGCCAGUGAAGAAAAGAGUUGCCAUUGCACUGUGGAAGCUGGCUACCAACAGUGAAUACCGAAGUAUAGGCCACCUUUUCGGUGUGAGCAAAUCAACAGUGUGCCGGUGUGUGCAGGACUUCUGUAAGGCUGUCUGCACUUUGCUAGCUCCUGAGAUUGUUCAUUUUCCAGACAGUGAAAAGCUAAAAGACAUGGCUAACUACUUUGAGGACAGGUGGGGCCUUCCACAGUGUGUUGGCGCUAUUGAUGGUUCACACAUACCAAUAAUAGCACCACAAGGAGUAGUGGAUGGAAAAGGACUAUUCUGGAGUGUGAAUGUGGGAAAACCUGGAAGUUUGCAUGAUGCUCGAGUUCUAAGAUUGUCAACAUUUUGGGACUGGGUUGGCCAGGGAGGCCUGUACUCUGGUCACACUAGGAACAUUUCAGGGGUGAAUGUUGGCUAUUAUGUGCUCGGGGAUUCUGCAUACCCUUUACAAAAUUGGCUCCUGAAACCAUUUGCUGACAAUGGCCGCCUGACACCAGAACAGCAAAUCUACAACAGGAAAACAUCCAGGGCAAGGGUGGUUGUGGAGAAUGCAUUUGGAAGACUAAAGGGUAGAUGGCGGUGUCUUAUGAAAAGGAAUGACAGUGACAUUGAACUUGCAAAAGCCAUGGUGCUUACUUGCUGUGCUCUUCACAAUAUUUGUGAAAGACAUGGAGAAGACUUCUACCAGGACUGGAAUACGAAUGCAGAAGAGCCAGUACGGGUAGUAGCACAGGAUAUGGAGGAAGAGUGCAAUGAGGUACGUCAGGCUCUGAUGCGACACCUUAACACUUAA